AGCCACAAAACUCCAGUCAUUCCUCUAUAAAACUAUCAUAAAACAGCUAGAAACAGGUGCAAUGGUGCAAUUUUUGAUAAAUUUUUUUAAAAGUUUGUGUUUGUUAUCAGUUGAGGAAUAUCUGCUAUCAUAACCGAUUUCAUUUUCUAUACUUUUACAAUGGAUAAUUUACAGCAGCCUAUGAACAUCGCCGAAUACAACAGCCUCAUCACCAAUAUAAUCGAGUCCGCCGUUCAUGAGCUGAUCCAGAAACGGCGAUAUCAGAACGAAACCGAUAUAAACGGAACGGAAUAUUCGCUGCUGCUGAACAUGUGCCGGUUGUGUGCCAGAGAGGAAGAAUCCGCUUCGCUGCAGAACCUUUCCGAGUACCAAUUGACGCAGAUAAGCGAACUUGCUGUGCCCGGAUUCGAUCCCAGUUCGGUUGUUAGUAGUGGGUGCAGUAAGGUGUGUACUGGGUGUUCGGAAUUUCUUUACAGAUUACGAGAUUUUCGUGGAAAAUGUGAAGAAGCUCAGAAAAAAAUAAGUUCGCUAUUGGCGGAACGAAAUGUGAUUUCAGAUUUUCUCAAUCUCGACUUCGUAAAACAUGAAGCGUUUCAAGACAAAACCAACGAACCGGUAUCUUCUCCCUCGUCUUCCCCUAUCACUAAAAACACGACACCUAGUCCUAAAGUGGACAAUUCGCCUUUCGAAAACACGAAAAAGCUUGAAGAAACCAACAAUCCCGAGAUUGAAAAUCACGACCCGGAGUUUGCUUUUUCGGAAUUAUCGGAAUCCUCCGAGUCCGAUCCGUCGGAAUUUGAAGAACCGACCAUUCAUGUUAAACCGAAACCAAAGAAAAAGCGAAUAACGAAAGCUUCCGACUCUCGGAGAAGGGUAGUCAACGGAAAGCUUCAGUGGGUCUGUCUUGACUGCGAGCAAAUUUUCACUAGCUGUAUCAAGCUUAAGCAGCAUCGACGUUCCUGCGAUAUGGUUGGGAAUAAAAAAUCCAAAAGGCAAGGUCCCUUCACAUGCGAAAUUUGCGGCCAAUCGCUGCCCACGCUUAUUGGACUAAGGGUUCACGUGCACAAACACAGUCGCCGAGGCGCCGAGGAAGACAAGAAAGAUAACAAAGAUGGUCUGCUGGAACCGAAAAAGCAAGCAGUUUGUCACGUUUGCGGAAAGGCUUUUGCCAACGGUAGUUUACUACGGUCUCAUCUGGUUUUUCAUGGUCAGGAAAAGAAAAUAGAAUGUCAGAUCUGUAACAAAAAGUUCCAUAAGUUGUUCCGAUUGAAGGAUCAUCUCGAUUGUCACACCGAGGAACGGCAGUAUAGUUGUCAAGUGUGCGGCAAAGCUUUUUUCACCAAAGCUAUUCUCUACAAGCACACCCGUACCCACGAUGAAAAUUUUCGCAAACACCAGUGUCCGAUGUGCCCAAGUCGCUUUGCCCAUCCCUACCGGCUGAGAUCUCACAUGAUGAUUCACACGGCAGAGUAUCCGCACGCGUGCAAACUGUGUUCUUCAAAGUUCCGCUUUACGUGGGAUCUAAAAAAGCAUUACGCAAAAGCUCACCCUUUCCUUUCGGAAUUGGAUCAAGAACCAGAGUUGAUACCACUCGAACAUGAGCUAGCGAAUCUGGAUCCGAUAAAUAACUCUCAAUCAGAGCUAGUGCCGCACCAAUUGCUCGCGCCACAGGAACUCCUCGCACCCUCGCUUGUGCUAUCCACAGGAGAACCGACCAGCACCAACGUCGCACUCGUUGCCGUUGGCCUCAUGGAAGAUGAACAGCACCAACACGACGAUCUGUCGGUCAUGCUAGCAGACAUUCCGCCGCAUCAAACCGAACAUGAACCGGAACUGACACCAUCGGUUGCAGCCGUACAGCCGGUUAUAGCAGAACACCCAUUCGACACCGAACAGCUGCUGGAGGAGGCUUCUCGAGAUUUCACCUCCGAUUGUUUCCCAGAACCGGUUCAUCACCAUCUGGUGGGUGCCGCGGGACAUUCAGUCGUACCGGAAGACGAUUUUUACACGUUUAUGGAGUGUUAAGACAAACUGCCUCGUUUUAAAGGGUUGUUGUGUUGGUUUUUCUUUUUAUAAAAACGUCAGUAUUUUUACCAUA